UGGGGUGGGGCUUCGGCGGGGGAGGUUGCAGGUUUGGUCCCGCCCUGUACACAAAAAAAAAAAAAAAAAUUAAGAAUUGCGGAUUUAUUUGUGCAUGCUUUUUGGCUAUUGCAGGAAGAGCUUAAGAAUACAACUAUUAAAAUGGCAGAACAGAGUAAAGUUCUCAAUACUCCUGGGGCGGAAAAACAGACCAAAAGGGAGCUUUUUGAUGCACUUCGUCAGGAACUUGAAACUCCUGUGCUUGAGAAGGCCUCUAAGUCUGUUUGGGAUUUAAUUUUAGACAGUAAUGGACUAGGCAAGGAAAUAAGUGAAACAGUUGAAAAGGUGUUUUGUCGACUAAGUGGCCAGGAACCGCCAUUAUUUCCUACUGCAGAUGGUGAGACUCAGCCUGGUAAAGGAAUUGCAAAUGAGAGAGCGAAAGAUUCGAAUGAUGAGAGUAAUGAAAAGGAGAGAUCAAAUUCAGUGGCAAAGAAAAGGAGUUAUAAUGAUAUGAGUGCAGGAGAGGAAAAUGAUUCAACAAAAAAAUCUGAUGAUUCUUCAGCUUUGCCAGAAGAAUCCAGUAAAUCUCCCCAGAGAAGUUUGAAGACUUGAGUUUCUAAUCAAUUGAGCCUUUCCCAACAAUAGAUGUGUAUGAUUAGUGACUUUC